GGCUCAAACUGAUACAAAUAAGGCAGUGUGCUUGUUGAUCUCUAUUUGUAGAUAUUUUUGCAUCUUUUAAAAAUUAAAAAACUUCACUUUAGUCUAACUUUAAACAUGCCCAGUGGCGUUUUUGAUUGGUUCGGGGUUUUUCAAAUUAAAUAAACAAUUUUUUGCACACCUUUGUGAUUUAAAAGUUUAUUUAGAUAAAAGUAGCUGAAAAUCUGAAUGAUUGAAGUGACCUGGAGGAAAAUGAAAACACAUUCGGAUCUCAUGAGAUCUGCAGGUCGCAUCCUUCUUUGAUGACGCGCCACAUAGAGUGAUGUUGAUCGUUUCUAAAACAAAAGUCGCCUGACCCUUUUUUCAACCUGCACUGCAACCGUGGGAAACCUGAUGAGAUCAAAGGAGCCGUGUAGCAGCUUUACAUUGACCUGGGCGGAGUGUCUGCACCUGUGGACCCAUUCAUAGCGCUGAUUUGCUGCCGAGUUCACACUUCGCUCCUGCAGGGACGCACAGACGCGCAGUCGACCCGAGGUAUGGAUGCGGAUAAGAAGCCCGUUGGAGACCAGGCUGAACAGAUCCUGGAUAUCUGCUCCACCUCGCCCUCUGCUGAGGACGAGGCCGUCCAGAUGGAGAAGCCCCCCUAUUCCUACGUGGCUCUCAUAGCCAUGGCCAUCAAGGACAGCCAAGACAAGAAAGAGACGCUGAGCGGGAUUUAUAAAUAUAUCAUUUCUAAAUUCCCUUAUUAUGAGAAGAACCAGAAAGGCUGGCAGAACAGCAUCAGACAUAACUUAUCUCUGAAUGAGUGCUUCGUCAAGGUGCCCCGAGAGCGCGGAGGUGACCGGAAAAGCAACUUCUGGACGCUGGAUCCCGCAUUUGAAGACAUGUUCGAGAGAGGGAAUUACCGGCGUCGGAGGAGGGUGAGGAGGCCCUACAGGCCCCCCAGUGUGCCUUACAUGACCGGUUCCCCGGUGGAGUACACCGACUACUACCUGCAUCAGUAUGUGAGCGGCUCCUGGGGGUUUUGCCCGCCCAGCGCGCCCCAGCAGACCGGAGGAUACCCAGGACCUCAGGUUAUCUCCGUACACACCCACGGGUCAACCAGCGGCCCUUACUGCCCGCCUCCCAACUUCCACCACCCGGUCUACGGGGGUUUCCACCGACACCCGUCGGUUCUGGUUCCACACAACGGGUGUCCCUACGGCGGAGUGACCCAGCCGAUGAGUCCGGACGGUGCCACCGUGUCUGUGGGAUGCAACCACCAGCACUUCACUUAUGGGAGGCAGGCAGAGGCGCAGCUGGUUUAUUUCUCCGACCAGUAAGAGACUGGGAAUUUCUCCUGACCUCCGACAGACUCUUGUUUGUUUCAUCAUUUCUAUUCUGCUGUCAGGCUGAGUUGGAUGAUUAACUGUGUUAUAGAUCUGUUGUUACACCGUUUAUUCCAAAGCGGAAGGUUAUUAUUUUAGUUCAAACAUCAAACCAGAAUUUACUCACCUCAAAUACAGUCAGUAAACGCAAAACCAAAGAACUGUUUGACUUUUUGGUAGUAUUUUUUACAUGCCAAAAAAUGUCUUAAUAUUAUUUGUAUGGUUUUUAUUCGAUUUGCUUUACAUGUCAGAGCUAUUAUUUAUUACUUUUUGUUGUUGUUGUGGUUUAUCAUUUUUUUUUGUUUUUUGAGGGUUUUUAGCUGCUACAUCAGUUGAUGAAACAGAAGCACCGACCUUUUUGAAAAAUUCGAUUCUGAAUGUUUUUUUUAAAUGUGGACUGCAUAAUGUUUGUUCAAAUAAAAUGUUUUUCCAUGAUA